AAUGGUUGAUGGAAACGGGCAUGAAGGGCACAGCCGGGCAGUUAAUUUUAACUCUGGUGUCAUGGUUUCCCAUCCAAGCCGCCCACAUAGCAGCGAAGCAGCCUGAGAGGCACCUGCCCUUCCAGCCGGACUCCCCUUCCUCCUUUCCUUCCCCUCCAAAAGCCUCUGUCUGGUGCAGGAUGGAGGGCCGGUUCUCUGGGCUGAUUCGGCACCAGAAGUUUUACCAAAUGAUCCUCGUGCUGGGGAUUGGUGGCAACUUCCAAAUUGGCUAUCAGAUUUCUGUGAUCAACUAUCCCUCCAUGUAUAUCAAGAAGUUCAUGAAUGAGACCUGGCUAGAGCGCUCUGGCUCCCCGCUGCCUGAAGGUGCCCUCUUGUUCCUGUGGUCAUUCAUUGUGUCUAUCUAUGGUGUAGGAGGAUUGCUGGGCUGCCUCUGCAGUGCCUACCUGACUGUAAAAUAUGGCAAGAAGAGGACCAUGCUGGGGACCGACCUGCUCAUCCUCGCGACGGCUCUGCUCGUGGCUUUCAGCAAGAGAGCCAAGUCCUUCGAGAUGAUCCUGAUCGGGCGGUUCCUCUUUGGCGUGAGCGCCGGCUUCUGCUUGACCAUCCACCCCCAGUAUGCCGGAGAAGUUUCACCCAAGAAGCUCCGAGGCUUUGCAAAUGCUACAUCCGCCUUCUUUUGGUCCUUGGGGAAAUCCUUGGGCCAAAUCCUGGGGCUCAGGGAGUGCCUGGGCACAGAGUCCUCCUGGCCUUCGCUCCUGGCCUUCAUUGGGGCCACAGCCUUCCUCCAGCUGCUAACUCUGCCCUUCUUCCCCGAAUCUCCUCCGUACCUCUUGAUCCAGAAGGGAAACGAAGGCGCCUGCGUGAGGGCCAUGCACCAGCUCUGGGGCCAAGAAGAUCACCAGCAGGAGCUCAGUGACCUGAAGCAGGAAGCAGAAAACAGCACCAAAGUCCUGAGUGCGAGAGAGCUGUUCAGAGACCAGUCCCUGCGCCGUCAGCUGCACAUCCUCAUAGCGGUCGUCGUCACCCUCCAGCUCUGCGGCAUCAAUGCAGUCUAUUUCUACACUUUCGAAGUCUUCCGCACAGCCGGUUUUGAAGAGGGCCUCCUCCCUUACGUCUCGCUGGGCGUGGGCUUCUGUGAGCUCCUCUCCUCCUUCCUCUGUAUUCUGACAAUUGAGAGGUUUGGACGGCGGACCCUCCUGUGGCAGGGCUGUGGUAUGAUGGCGCUUGUCCUCUUUCUCCUCACAAUUACUCUCUCGGUACAGAACAAAUCCCACUGGGCGUCGUACUGCAGUGUCACUCUGGUUUUCCUCUUUGUUCUCUUCUUUGGAAUCGGACCAAAUGGAGCCUCCAUGUCUGUCAUGAUGGAAAUCUUCAGCCAAUCUUCCAGACCAGCGGCUUUCCUGAUUGGUGGCUGCCUGAAUUGGGCCGGCCUCUUUGUCAUUGGAAUCACCUUCCCAUUUGCUGUGGAUGCUCUGGGCCCUUUCUGUUUCCUCCUCUUCAUGGCUGUCCUUGUGGCAUCAGGAAUCUUCUUCUACCUGUUCCUCCCAGAGACGAAAGGGAAGUCCAUUGUGGAAAUCACAGAGGAAUUCAGCAACCCAUCACCUUUUCAGAAGAGACUAACUUCUGCCCUUCGGACAGGCUUCCGGGAUGACCUCUCUGCCUAUACCAGCUUCUAAGCUCAGCAGCCAAGGGAGAACUUGCUAUUAGGAGGCUCUCAAACUGGGCAGGUUUUCAACUGAUGUUCACAUCAGCAAGAGGCACAGCACUCCCCUUUAAACACACACACAAACCCUCUCUGUGGUCUUACACUAUUUGUGCCCCUCUUGCCCACCUUCACAACUGAGGGGGGCCUUUCUCCCACUGCCCUCGUGGUCAAUAGCUACACACAAGUUCUUUUCCCCCCUGAUUUCUUUUAAGCUGAAGCAAAGGCCACUUCAUAGCUGUCACGGUAGGUCAGAGCCAGUUUCAGAUGACACACAGUGGACCUUCCCCUCUUUCCUCUCCCCUAAAGAGACUUGAGCUAUUGCUCGGGGGGCAAAAUCCAAUAUGCACCCCAAGAAAUUUAGAAACACUAGGAAUGAAGACCUUGUUGUGGCUGGAUGGGCUGUCCAGAGCAUCUGUUCAAGUAGGGGUCAGCAAACUUUUUCAGCAGGGGGCUGGUCC